CCACUAUUUUUCUUGAGAAGAGGUUCUGAGAAAUUUAAGGUCACUAACCAGAUCUAACAGUGGUGGAAUUGCCACAUUUCAAAAGGGUAGGAACAAUUAUUGGCCUCACACCAGUGAAUGAAAGACUAUUUCAUGGAGGGGGAGGAUAAAGGUGGUGGCCCAUGUACAGAAAUCUGGAUCCAGAAUUGAUAUAAAGAUAGAGGAGCCGCUGCUAGAGAAAGACUCACCCCUGGCAACUGAAGAGGAGACAGUGCCGUCCCCUAUCAAGAUGAAGCUGCUGUUGCUGAGUCUGGGCCUGGCCCUAGUUUCUAGCCAGGCACAAGAAAUCGUUGAUCCUGUGACAAGCAACUUUGAUCUGUCAAAGAUUUCAGGAGACUGGUAUUCCAUUUACUUGGCCUCUGACAAUAAGGAAAAGAUAGAAGAGAAUGGCAGCAUGAGGUUUUUCGUGGAACGCAUCUAUGUCCUGGAGCACUCUUCUCUGUACUUUAAAUUACAUACAAUCGUAAAUGGAGAGUGCAGUGAAGUUCCUUUUGUUUGUGACUCAACAGGAAAAGAUGGUGAAUGUAGUUCUGACUAUAAUGGGCACAUUGUAGCUCACAUCCUUGAAACUGACUAUGUUGGCUACCUUAUCUAUCAUGCUGAGAAUUGCAACAAUGAGGGAAAAUCCCAAAUUAUGGCACUCUAUGGCCGAGAACCAGAUGUGAGCCCAAGUGUCAAGGCAAAGUUUCUGGAAUAUUGUAGAGCACAUGGAAUUGCUCAGGAAAACAUACUUGACUUGACCAAAAUUAAUCGCUGUCUCCAGGCCCGAGACAAUGCACUGGUCUAAGCCUCCAGUGCUGAAUGAUUGCUUCCACACCUGGCCUCCAGCAUCUUCCCUUCCUGGUCCCCAUGUCCUGCUGUGACAAGUUUCUGUGACUGGUUU